AUGGACGCUCCUACCAUUCGACCCAAAUUCCUCAAGAACGGCCACGAGCUGGGCCUCGUGGCCGUGGGCUUCUCUGGCGGCCAGUGCAAGCCUGGAGUCGAUGCCGCCCCCAUGGCCCUCAUCGAGUCCGGGCUCGUUUCGCAGUUGAAGGCAGACCUCGAGUACGACAUCCACUUCGAUGACCAAGUGCACGUCUACACCGAGCAAAUGCCCAAGGACGACCCGGACUACCGCGGCAUGAAGAAGCCGCGUGCCGUCUGCGCCGUGACGAAACAACUCAGCAACCAAGUCUACGAGCACGCGAAACAAGGCCGCUUCGUCCUCACCCUCGGCGGCGACCACUCCAUCGCCAUCGGCACCAUCUCCGGCACCGCGAAAGCAGUGCGCGAGCGCACCGGCCGCGACAUGGCCGUCAUCUGGGUCGACGCGCAUGCCGACAUCAACACGCCCGAGGUCAGCGGCAGCGGCAACAUCCACGGCAUGCCUGUUGCCUUCCUCACCGGCCUCGCCAGCGAACCCGAGCCCACCAAGCCGUUUGGCUGGAUCUCGGACGAGCACAAGAUUAGCGUGAAGAAGCUGGUGUACAUUGGUCUGCGCGACGUGGACCGCGCGGAGAAGAAGAUUCUGCGCGAGCAGGGGAUCAAGGCGUUCAGCAUGCAUGACAUCGACCGCCACGGCAUCGGACGCGUAAUGGAUAUGGCGCUGGGGUGGAUCGGCAGCGACACGCCCAUCCACUUGAGCUUCGACAUUGACGCGCUGGAUCCCAUGUGGGCGCCGAGUACGGGCACUGCUGUUAGAGGCGGCUUGACCUUGCGUGAGGGCGAUUUCAUCGCCGAGUGCGUGCAUGAGACGGGCAGUCUGGUCGCGCUGGACUUGGUGGAGGUGAAUCCGAGUUUGGAGGAGCAGGGCGCGGCAGAGACGGUGAGGGCAGGGGUAUCGAUUGUGAGGUGCGCAUUGGGAGAUACAUUGCUGUGA